AAUAUUUAUUAAGUCAAUAUUAAUACCGUAUCGAGUGAUGUUAUUGUGUUUAAUGGAUGGGAAACGAUUAGAUCGAAGUAUUGAUAUUGUACGACGGAUAUAUGUUCAAUUAUAUAUGAAUUGUUUGAUAUUUUGGCCAUUUGUUCAAUUAUUUAAUUAUUACUUGUUACCGCGUAAUAUGCAAUUCUUAUUCACACAAUUGAUGUUCUUAUUAUGGGAUAUACAUUUAGCUUUAAAAUUGAAAGAAGAUGAUAUCCAAAUAGAAAAGAAAGAAGUGGGAGAAGCCGGGGCAGGAAGAACUGUUUCAGAAGGAUGGAUUCUAAGCUUCUUGAGAAGAAACACCUUGCUUCCUAUAAUGUCACAGAACGGAAUAUUGCAAUAACAAUUCUUCAUUGAUGAAAAUAUAGUUCAAGAAAAGUGAUAAAAAAAGUUAAGUAAUUGGACGACGAAAUUUACUUGUAGGAUCCCGCCCUACCACUGGUGGUGGACCCUUUUUUAGAUAGAAAAGUGUCUCAAUUUGUUGAUUACAUGAAAUUUUCCAAAACCAUCAUAAACGUUUAGUUUCAAAAAUUAAUUGUAUGUAGAUUAAAAAUCAUCACGUGUAAAAAAGGAGUGAACUUCACCUGGACACAAAUCAUUUUGAGUUUAUGCAAAAAAUGAUUACUUCUUCAUGCCGUCACUGGGUAUGGAAACUGCCAUUUAUGCCAGUUAUUACGAUGAACAAAUAGAUAGACCAUUUCAAAAUCCAUACAUUUAUCAUACAGUACGUUCAGUAACCAUAUCAGCAUUAGCAGAUUUUUUAGCACAAUUAAUAACCACUGAUCAAUAUAAUUCACAAAGAACAUUUGAGUUUUGUAUAUUAGCAUUUGUCUACGUGUCACCUAUCAUGUAUGUUUGGCAUAAAUAUUUAAUUCGUCGUUUUGGAACUGAAUCUAGUGCAGCUCUACUGAAAAUGAUUUAUGAUCAAUUUUUAUUUAAACCAGUCUCAUUGGUUAUGUAUUUAGUAAUAAAGGAAUUAAUACGUGGAAAAUCAUUUAAUGAAUCUGUUGAAUUUAUGCAAGAUCGUUAUUGGAGUUUAUUAAAAGAUGGAUAUAUGGUUUGGCCAUUAUUUGUAUUAUUGAAUUAUUCUUUUGUUGCUACUCAUCGUCAGGUGUUAUGUAGACAAAUUAUGGGUUUGUUUUGGACUAUGUACGUUUCAUAUACAACACACUUAGAAAAACAAAAAAACUAAG